AUGCAGAAGGCCGUGCAGGCCUGCACCGACUGCCUCCGUCCACCAGGGGGAGCCUCAGCCGGACAGGUAGUAACUCAUCCAUCCAUCCAUCCAUCCAUCCAUCCAUCCUUCCAUCCAUUAACUCAUCCAUCCAUCCCUCCAGUAAUUAAUCCAUCCAUCCAUCCAUCCAUCCAUCCAUCCAUCCAUCUGGUAUUUUAUCCAUCCAUCCAUCCAUCCAUCCAUCCAUCCUUUAACUCAUCCAUCCGUCCAUCCUUUAAUUCAUCCAUCCAUCCAUCCAUCCUUUAA